AUGAGAUGCCUCCAUUACUUGGACGGAGGCACCAUGUACAUAUACAAUAAUUCAUCAAUGCUGGAGCUGAUGAAAAAGUUCACGAGAGGACAGGAGAUCAUUAGGAAUGGAAUUACAAAGUCUGUUUCCAAUUUUCUCUCUUUGCAAUCUAUGCUGAAGCAGAAAUCAAGGUUGAAACAUAUGUUCAAUAACCCAGAAUUAUCUGCAGAUUUGGCUUGUGGAAAGAAACCUCAAACUGUAACUUGUGUUGGGAUUAUUGAUGAUAAUGAAUUUUGGAGAGCAUUAGAAGAGAGUGUUGCUGUUUCUGAGCCAUUCUUGAAGGUAAUGAGAGAAGUGGCUGGUGGGAAGCUGACAAUGGGUUCAUUUACGAACUGA